AGUCUCCUGCUCUCCUUUCGCGGGGUCUCUUUUGGGGUGCGGGUGGGUACGCGUCCUGAAGACGAGGUGGCUUCGAGUUCUCCAUCUCCGCACGCCCUUUCUCAUCCGUUCCGCCCUUGGCACAGGUUCCCCGGGCUCUCCUCUUCCUCCGAAGCUGGCUGCCUUGUCGAAAGAGAAGGAGCGGGCGGGGGCGAUGGGUGGCUUUCUCCUGGAGUUGAUUCUGAUCAUCAUGGGGAGGGGUUGGGUGUGGAUUUCUUAACGGACAAAAUGCCGAGCCACCCCCACUCGGAAGGAGCUUGCCUGCCUGCCUACCUACCUACCGUGGGGGCACUCCGCAGCCGUGACGGUGUGCUUUGCAGCCAAGGCGCCGAGAGACCCAUAGCCAAGGAAGGUGGCGAAGGAGCCGGAGCAUGUUGGCGCUGCAGCCGCUCCCUCCGGAAGAAGAGCGCUACCGGCAGGUCCUUGGCAAUCAGCGGGUCCCUGUAACAGAUGAAGAUAAUAUGGAGGAUGGUUGCUCUCAGAAACUUGUCUCUGCCAAGUACCUUCGACUCUUGUUGCUAAUAUUGAUUCCAUGCAUUUGUGCUCUUAUACUUUUGCUGGUGAUCCUUCUUACAUUUGUGGGUGUGUUGGGAAAAAAAUGCUUACAUUCAAAUGAAAGCGACUUACUUCACCCUGAUGGUGACACUGAAAUGCCUGAUACUCCUUUUCCAAACAUGACUGAAGGUCGUUCAAAUGUGGUUCCAUCUAUGGGGAACAAAAUACAGCCACCAUCUUGGACCACAAACCCACUAUUUCACCUUGAUCAGAUACAUAAAAACUUUAGUAUACAUAAGGGAGCUGCACAGGUUGCCUCACAAACUCCAUCACUGAAAACUAGUCCUACAGGUGAAAAGAUUUUGACCAAAGCUCCUGGAGACAACUCCUGGUCAUCAACCAAUACAGGAGACGAAACCCUACAGUCCACAGACACAUCUGUGAAGAUCAUAGACAAGAAUUCAUCUUUUUCUAUCCUGAAACCUACCAGUCCAUCUACUGUGCAGCAAAUGGAUUUGAAAAAAAGUUCCUGCAUAAGUAUCACCUACAGCCAGUGCCAAAUGCUGCCAUAUAACCGCACCACUUUAACACCAGUCCUUUCCAUUGUCAAAAGCAUUGAAAUGGAAAAAUUUCUCAAGUUCUUCGGUUAUCUCAACCGCCUCAGCUGCUAUCAACACAUCAUGCUGUUCGGCUGUAGCCUUGCUCUUCCUGAGUGCAUCAGUGAUGACAGUCAUGGGCUCCUGCCUUGCAGAUCAUUCUGCGAAGCUGCAAAGGAAGGUUGUGAACCAGUUCUUGGGAUGGUGAAUUCUUCAUGGCCAGAGUUCCUAGCGUGUUUCCAGUUUAAAAAUAAAACUGAAAAUAACAACACCACCAGGGUAUGCUUUUCCCCAGAACAAGAAAAAGGAAAGCGAGUGCUUUGUGAAGGGGAGGAGAACUUCUUGUGUACAAGUGGAAUUUGCAUCCCAAGGAAACUGCAGUGCAAUGGCUAUAAUGACUGUGAUGACUGGAGCGAUGAGACACAUUGCAACUGUAGCGAAGGAGUUUUCCGCUGCAAGAUGGGAAAGUGCCUCAAUUACAGCUUUGUUUGUGAUGGGUAUGACGACUGUGGAGAUCUAAGUGAUGAACAGAAUUGUGACUGUGAUCCAGUAACUCAGCACCGAUGUGGAGAUGGGAGAUGCAUAACAAUGGACUGGGUGUGUGAUGGUGACCAUGACUGCACAGAUAAAUCAGAUGAAGUCAACUGUUCAUGCCAUAGUCAAGGACUGUCAGAAUGUAGAAAUGGGCAAUGCGUUCCCAGUACCUUCCAGUGUGAUGGAGACAAAGACUGUAAGGAUGGAAGUGAUGAAGAGAAUUGUGCUGAAAAUAAGGGUCAGAUGCCAUGCCAUGAGGGAGAUCAGAAAUGUACUUCUGCUUCCUGUCCUGAUUCCUGUACCCAUUCUCCUCUCUGCAACAUGAAUAAUAGCCAAACAAAUUGUAGUCAGUGCGAGCCAAUUAUACUGGAACUUUGCAUGAACCUGCCUUAUAAUUAUACUCAUUACCCCAACUAUUUGGGCCAUCGGACACAGAAAGAAGCCUCCAUCAGCUGGGAGUCCUCUCUGUUCCCAGCCUUAGUUCAAACUAACUGUUACAAAUACCUUAUGUUUUUUGCCUGCACAAUCUUAGUGCCAAAAUGUGAUCUUCAAACAAAUCAGCGCAUUCCACCAUGCAGAGCACUUUGUGAACAGUCCAAAGAACGAUGUGAGUCUGUACUUGGAAUUGUAGGCUUACAGUGGCCAGAAGACACUGAUUGUUCGCAGUUCCCAGAAGAAAACUCAGACAAUCAAACUUGUCUAACACCUGAUGAAGAUGUAGAAGAGUGCUCUCCCAGCCACUUCAAAUGUCAUUCAGGGAGGUGUGUCUUAUCUUCCAGAAGAUGUGAUGGGCAAGCAGACUGUGAAGAUGAUAGUGAUGAAGAGAACUGUGGUUGCCAAGAAAGAGGUCUUUGGGAAUGUCCAGCAAGCAAACUGUGUAUCAAAUAUACCAUGAUAUGUGAUGGCUUUCCAGACUGUCCUGACAAUGUGGAUGAAACUAAUUGCUCAUUUUGCAAAAGGGAUGAACUUACAUGUGCCAACCAUGACUGUGUGCCCCAAAAAUCAUGGUGUGAUGGGCAGAUAGACUGUGCUGACAAAUCAGAUGAAUGGAACUGUGUGACCCUGUCUAAAAACAGCAGCUCCUUGAUGUUCCUGACUGUUCACAAGUCAGCUUCCAAUUACCAUGUAUGCGCUGAUGAAUAAGAAAAAUUAAGCCAUUUGGCAUGCAAACAAAUGGGUUUAGGGGGGCCACCUGUGACAGAAAUCGUCCCAGAGUAUGAGCAGCCACCAUAUGAGAAAUGGCUAAAUCUACACUCUGACUGGGAGACAAAAAAUAUAUCCACAUUGCAGGCCCUUUUGGUGAAAGGGUUGCCAUGCAGAAGCAGGAGUAUGGUUUCCCUUCUUUGCACCAAAGAAGACUGUGGCCGUCGCCCAGCAGCUCGCAUGAGCAAGAGGAUCCUUGGUGGCAGGACCAGUCGCCCAGGACGAUGGCCAUGGCAGUGCUCCCUGCAGAGUGAGCCAAGUGGGCAUAUAUGUGGCUGUGUCCUCAUUGCAAAGAAAUGGGUAUUGACAGUGGCACACUGCUUUGAAGGGAGAGAAAGCCCUGCUGUGUGGAAAGUGGUGUUUGGCAUCAACAACUUGGAUCAUCCUUCAGUCUUCAUGCAGACCCGCAUGGUGAAGACUAUUAUUCUGCACCCCCGUUAUAACCGUGCUGUUGUGGAUUAUGAUAUAAGCAUUGUGGAACUCAAUGAAGACAUCAAUGAGACAAGCUAUGUAAGGCCAAUCUGUCUACCCAGCAGGGAGCAGCUAGUUGAGCCAGAUACCUACUGCUACAUCACCGGUUGGGGACACAUGGGCAACAAAAUGCCUUUCAAACUUCAGGAAGGAGAAGUUCGUAUUAUUUCCUUAGAACAGUGCCAGUCGUACUUCGACAUGAAAACUAUCACCGCCAGGAUGUUAUGUGCAGGCUAUGAAUCUGGCACUGUGGACUCUUGCAUGGGUGACAGUGGAGGACCCCUUGUAUGCGAGCAGCCUGCUGGACGCUGGACACUCUUUGGCUUAACCUCUUGGGGCUCUGUCUGCUUUUCCAAAAUUUUGGGACCUGGAGUUUAUAGCAAUGUGUCUCACUUCAUUGAAUGGAUUGAAAUGCAAAUCUACACCCACACAUUUCUUCUCCACUAAUUCGUCAGGAUAGGAAUUCUGUGCUGACUGACCAAAAGGCAGCGUACCAGAACAAUGAAGAUGCUGAAAUGAAGAAAACAGUUGAAUUAUAAAUUCUGUGGGUUGCAGAUGACAGGGAACAGAGCAGAGUAAAAUAAUGGGUAUAUCUUCUGUUGCCUAAGGUGCUUCUGGGUAAUUGGUCAGAUAUUUUUGUAAUCAUUUCUGGUAUUUUUUCUUUAGCAGUGUUGUGUUACCUUUCACAUACACUCACAACAGAAUGCAUAAAGGAAAAAUUAAACACAUUUCUAAUGUGGUAUUUGAAAUAAACCAUUAGGGGUUGUGUAGAAGUACUAGCUUUUUAAAACACCAAGAGAAAAACAUAUAUUUGCUGAUAGAGAAUUUCAGCUUCUAUCUCUUGCAGUGAAUAGUUUGUAAAUUUGUGGGCACAUCUAUUCAUAAGUAGUCCUUUUUAAAACUCUAGUUUGACCUCUUGGUUCCACCAAGUUAAUCUGGACUCCACUCACUUUAAGAGAAUUGGGUGUUUCAUAUGCUAUCAAAUUUUGCAUGUUUGGAUACAGGUUUAUUGCUUAAUAAUGACCAGUGGUCAUCACAUACACAUUACAAGGGAAAGCAAAACAAUACAGAGAAAACAAACUUAAUUCUAUGGCAACAGUUAACCAAUCAUUUUAAAACAAGAUUGCCAUAAAACGAAUAACAUUUAAAAUCAAGAAGCACCAGUAUAACCCACAAAGCUGGUUUAAAUGAUUUCCAUACAACUUAACUGCUAGGACUAGCACAUUAGGCUUAUUCUGGACUGAAUGACCUAAACAAAGCACUUAAGACUUGGAUCCUUUUGCAUGGAUCCUUUUGCAUGGAGAUCCUAACCACAGUAGCUGCAAUAGAACUGGGUGGUUAGUGAGAAUGUCAUAUAGAUGGUUUCUUUCCUUCCCAAAUUACAAGAUGCAAAAUGAAAUCACCUCUUAAGCAGGAAGUGUCCCUAUAGCUUCUUGUGUGGACUAGCACCUCAUCCCAAUCCUUGCAGUGUUCUUAACAAGGUAGUCCUUACUUUUGCGGCAUCACAGAGGUAAUCCAAUAGUAUUUAAAAUGAAAAAUGAACAACUAUUGUAAGUCAACAGGUAUCCUCCUGGAAUCUAAAUUUGUUCCUAAAAACUAUAAAUAAUCAGUCCUAAAAGCUAUAGUUAAAUCAUUCAUGAAGCCUCCUUGCUUAGUAACACUCUAUUUUCCGACUAGGAGGAUAUCCAAGUUGGAGGCUUUUUCUCUCUAGUCCUAGGCUCCAAGCCCAUGGUGACAUGUGAUUUAUAAUUUUCAAGAUCUAGCUUUGCCAUAAUUCUGCCUUAUCCCACAGGAUCUGCAGGAAAAAGGUGUGGCACACACCAGAUGGUUGGAGAGCAGAUAAGUUUUUCAGCUUCAGGAAAGAUUGUUUUAGAAGAGGCACUGCAUUCAGGCAGAAAACAUGCAUUAUGGAAAUCUAUAAGGCCUCUCGGGGGCUUCUAAAACACAGGUUAAAGGCCACUGUCUAACACAGCAGUAGUUUCCUGGUGAGGUUGUAUAGGGGAGCUACUUGGCCACCAUCCCCUUCUGAGGAAUUAUAGGAGAGAAAACCUUGCCUGCCUCGCUUCAGUCUGCAUUCGGACAAAGGCUAUACAAGACAGGCAAGCAAUUUGUUCAGUUUUGGAAGCUAUCAUUGAACAUUCAUUGAUUCAGUGCAGUUUGUCCCGCCCUUAUAGAAGUGUGUACUGCUUUGGUACAGCCCAUCUUGUGAAGUGGCACCUGAAACAAUAUAAUGAAGCAUCUGUUUACAGUCCUCCCCUUGAAAACUGUAGAAGACUGGAAAUGCAACCCAGUGAAUGCCUUUCUAAGUCUAUAUACAGAGAGGUCUGAAACACAUUGUUCAAAGCCGAAAGAGGUUUUGAAACACUGUUUGAAACAUUCGGUCAUAACCUGCAGGACUAUCAGUCACAUACUCCUGACUACUGUUACAGAACUCGUAACCUCCUCUUUUGAUGCACCUUAUGGAGCUUGUAAUAGACAAAUGUCCACUGUAUUACUAAAUGUUGCUAUUUAUGUGCAUUGAAAAGCUGUAUUUGAUUGUUUCUACUUUCUUAACCACAAAGAAAAUGCUGUGCUUUGCUAUGUUUUUGUUCAUUCUGUGGAACUGGGGCACAGAAAAUCUGAGCAAAUUUCUCCCCUGGAUAAGGUAGGUUGCAGGCAUUGUUGUCUCGAAUACAGGUAGCCUGAACCACAACUGGUUAAUAAUGAAACUCCAGUCCACACUGACAAAUUUCUCCGUGUGACUCUGUAUGUGGGUACACUACUGUAUAAAGGAAGAUUGUAUAUGGUUGCCAUCUUCAUGCUUUCAGCUGCUGGAAAAAUGAAGCUAUUAUAAUGAAAAAGGCUGCAGUUUCCCAUGUGUACAGCCUGUAUCAUGCUAGCCUUUCCUUUCAUGUACAUGAUCACACAAACAGGAUAGCUGUAUUCUUAUUCAAACCAUGGUUGUAUACAGUUUUUCUCCCAAGUAUACAAUAGCCCCUUUGCUGUGUGUACUGUACCACCAAAAACUCAACUACAAGUAUGGCUGCAGUUGAGAAAAUCUAUAGAGAUUAUCAUAGGCCAGUUGUGGACUGAUCUGUAGGUCAUUUGUACAUUGAUCUAUGUAGGAAAAAUCCUUAGCUACAUAAAUCAAAAUGUAAACUGUUGAAGAAACUAUUUCUUUUAAAAUAACUUUUAAAAAUGUAUCUUACAAAUCACAAAUAGAUAUUUAACGUUCGUUAUCCUAGACUAAGAUUUUAAAAAGUAUUCCUGAAGGACACAUUUCAAAAACAAAAGUCAAGUGUUCAUAAAUUCAGUGAAUUUGCCAUAAGCUCACCAUCACCAUCUUCUGUCAUAUUUGUAUAAUGCACUUAAAACACACUUAAAACGUUAUAUUUGCAGCUGUGUAGGCGAGUCCUGGAUCUAGCUAACUGGUUCAAUUCAGUAUGUGAGGUUCUGGCCUGCCCUGUUCCAGUUGGUCUCUCUCCCCCCACCCCACCCCACCCCCCGUACAGCCUACUGUUCCCCAAAUUUCACUCGCUGCCUAAAAUAUAUGGGAAUUCCUGUUCCCUGGCCCUGUUAGGAUUUCCCCCUACCUUAUAUGUGGUCAUCCUGUGGUGCGCAGGCUGAAUGCAGCCCUUGGCCAACUUUUGUGAAUCCUUUUUGAAUCUCCAGCUGAUUCCUCCCUCCCUGUUGCUCAGCUUUUAGCCCUAGGAAUAGCUUCUCAACCUUCCUAGUACUGGUAAGCGAGGCAGCAGGAGGGGCAUGAUAGGAUCUCCUGAUGCCUGUACAGAGAGAUGGGGGUGGGGAGGAGGAAAAGUGUCUCGGGGAGGGGGCUCACCUAGGCCUCACCCCCCCCCCCGCCUGCAUGCAGCCUCCCAAUUCACAGACCACCAUUGCAUUUGACCCUCACAGGCAAAAAGGUUGCCUGCUCAUCUUCUAGCCCCUCUGCCUUCAUGGCCAUUCGCUUUCUUAGCUCUGCAUUGUCUUUGCCAUUCUUUGUAGAGAACUGUGUGUUAGGGCUCAUAUCAUAUUGCUCCUGAAAACAGUACUCUCACUUUACUCUCAUUUCCCCCACAACAUUCCACGUAGAGAAAAUAUAUUUCUAUUAUUUUAUACAUGGUAUUUUUAUACUGCUCCCCCCCUCCAUGUAUGCUUAUUCAAAUAUUUGUAUGUGGUGUGGGUUUUAAGGAACCAGAUGUCAUCCGAAGUGUGGUUUUUAAAGUACCAGAUGUCUCCAGAUGUGUGGUUGUAGAGAGACAAUCAAAUGUAUCCCACAAUUGUGAGAAAGGAGCCUUUGAUGAGAUUCAUACUCCCAAUGUUGUUUUACUGCCACUGGGAAAGGAGCAUAUGUAACCAAUGUAAUGUAAGCAAAAUGAUUUGUUUUAAUUUAAACCCAAAGUGAGCAAAAAUGCACAUAUUUAUUUUUUCAAAAUAAAUUCUGUGAACAAAAAUCGUUUCAGCUCCCCUUCUCCCUUCACAAUAGCAAAUCAGAUUGAAUAGAGGUUCUGAGCCAUUCUCUUGGAGCACAGAUCAAAUGGAAUCUCUCAUAUCACUGAAAGAAAAGGAGUGAGUUUGUUAACUUAAUACCCACUGAGUUGUUGGGGCCUUGAUGCAGUAAUAACAUAUGGGAUCUAUUAAGAUAUGGUAUUCUUUUUGUAAUGGAGGGAUAUGUCGUAGACUGGCCAUGUCAUGUAAAGGAAUCUUAUUUAGAUCUUAUUAGCAGAACACCUGGGAGUCUCAGGAGCUCCAUUUCAAAUAUUUUGGAGCAUCAUGCAACUAUAAUCAAAUUAAUAGUGUAGAGAAAGUAAUAUAAAAUAAUUACCGUACUAAUAAUGAAGCAAAUACUGAAGUAUAUAUCUGGAUAGGCUUGUUUAAAUACCGGUAAUAAAGAUAGCUUUUAGUAGGCUUCUAAAACAGUAUAAUGUGAAUGCUUAUGGUCAAUAGGUAAAGCUGUUGCAUAGCUUACCUCUGUUGUAAAGAACAUCGUGAACUCCAACACACAUCAGCUCCAGCCAGCAUGGAGAAUGAUCAGCGAUAAUGAGAGUUUUAGACCAACAUCUUGAAGACCAACAUCUUAAAGGAAGAACAACACUAAUGUGCAUUGUUGACAAACAUACGGAUGCAGUGAUGAAUACUGGACAAUUUCAGAAGGUAAGACUCAUUAAUUAACCUGGCCUUUGUAUCAAUUGCCUGACUCAUUGUAGAAGAGCAUGUGAAAUUUCAUUUUCAUCAUGUAAUAGUCAUGAAUGCACCCCUAGUCUAUUUCCUUGCUGUGUCCAUAGCUAAUUUCAUUUGCUAAAACUUGCUGCAUAUUUCAGCAGCAGGAAAAGUUAAAAUAAAAAGGUUGUCACUCUAUACUGUGCAUAACCACAGCACAUUAAUUAAUUGCUGUGAAACAAGUUGCACAAAUGCAGAAUUUUGCAGUUAAAUUUAUAUUUUAGGAUGUACCAUUUUGUGGCAUGCUGGAAAUAACAUCACUGGGCAUAAUGGUUAAAAGAUUUACAUUUAAACCCCAAAUUAUUGUGAUCAUGGGAACUGCUGUUGACUACAUAAAGAUAAAGGGACCCCUGACCAUUAGGUCCAGUCGCGGACGACUCUGGGGUUGCAGCGCUCAUCUCGCUUUACUGGCCGAGGGAGCCGGUGUACAGCCAAAUAUAAGACACCGUCUUAUAUCUAUUUUUCCUCAAAAAAAAACACGGUGGCUUAUUUUCAGAG